UUCUUGUUGUCUUUUGUUGAAGCAUGAAAACUGAAUUUCUUUCGGUGUUUCCAAGAGAAAGGAUCAAGAAGACAGCGCGUUCGCCUACCCUCUGGGACUGGUUGGUUCUCCUCCGUACACUCUUUCCCCGCGUUUGGAACAGUCUGCACACUCGCAUUGCUCGAUAUCUCGCAACCGCUCUAUUGCCGAACUUCAGCGAUUUCCGCGCUUUUGUAACUUCCUCGCAAGGCAAUUCUCUCCUUCACAACCAACAAGAUACUGGGGAAGGGAGUCUAGGGAGAAAAUAAGUCUGUAAAGCGGGGCUGUCUUCAAGGACACAAUCCCUUUUCGCAGCUGACCUCGGCUUGACGGUCCGCGUCGUUCUUCCGAGUCUCGAGUUCUUAUCGGUUAUGUCUUCUUCGUGAGUCUGUAUGUCCUCGAUACACGCAUUUGCUUCUCCAGUUCAACUUACUCUUCACCUUUCCUUCUAGCUCGAACCUGUUCACACAUCGCCUCGGUUACCCGCCGUGUCCAGUGAGUCGGGCUUCUUGUCCGGCAUUCUCUUCGAUGCUCGAGCGCCUACACUGUCUUGUUUCUUAGUCUUGUUUCUUGCCUCUUUCCUUCGUGAGCUGCCGAGACUUAGUUUUUCGAGUCGCCAAGUCGUUUCUCUGGGCUGCUUUCAACUUUCUGCCUCUAGGCGGCGGGUCGUGACCCCAUUAUCGCGUUUUGACAAUUUCCGAGAGCGGCUCGGUUUCGGCGCCUCUAUCCUCCUGACGCUUCUCGAAGGCAGUUUUGGGACGGAAGGAAGCUUGUCUUGUUUUUUCAUGGCCUUUUCUUCUGUCGUCCCCGCCUUAUCAAAGAGGGCGACUCCAUCCGGACUCCUUUGUGAGCUGCGUAAGACGACGUCUCUGCUGUCCAAAAUGUAGGAGCGACCUCAAACGCAGUUCACCCACCCCCGUCUGUCCUGCGAGUCUCCACCAUGUGACUUCUCUUCCCGUUUCUCUUGUGCGCCUUCCACUUUUCAUCUGGAGCGCCUCCCUCGACAACCGAGUACAGAGAUGCGCAGAUCCUGCGUCGCCUGCGCGCUCUGCAUCCCCAUUUCCCCUCUCUUUUUCUGUGUCGACUUGCCCUCUUCUCUGCUCCCCCACUCGUCGUUCGGCGCCUUCCCCACUGAUCGUCUUGAUUGUUCUCACGCUUCCCGAGCUGCAAGAUGUUCGAGAAAAUGCUCGUGGGGGCCUUCAAGGCCUCGCAUGUCGACGACGCAACUUUCUCGCUGGCCUCUGCAGACGCGGCGACGAGGGACGAACUGCUCCGGCGCAGGCGCGCGCCUUCUCAUAGGGGAAAGCAGGUCCUGCCCGGUGGUCCUCUAGACGGUACCGGAGAAGAGCGCAGAGAGAACAAUACUGUUUCCUCAGACGGGAGAGGAGGAGUGCAGCUCGACGCAGGCAAGGGGCGUCCCCGAAGCGUCGCGCCGGGGGAGGACGUCGCAGCAGCGCGUGCGGCAGAUCCAGUGAAGGACCUUACGGCGGAAAGGCGCCAUGGGGUCCUGCGAGCGGUCGGCGAGGAUGCACCUCUAGCAGCCGGUUCGGCUCGGCGGCGAAAGGGGAGCGCGUUGCGGAGCGAGUUGGUAAGGCGCAUGGAGGCGGUGGAUGAAAGUAACAGGCAACAAGACGAGAGAGAACUGGAUUUGGUGCGUUCGACGAUUCCAAAGCUCUUGAGCAGGCAGCAAUUUAGCGACGCCGAGUCUCUUCUUGAGUACUACCUUGAUGCGUUUCCGAGUCGCGCAGAGCUGUACAUUCUGGCGGCGGACCUCAACCUCGAGCAGAAAAAGUUCUCCCAGGCCAUUGAGUUUUACUGGACCGCGCUGUUUUGUGUGCCUGAAAACCGCAUGCUUAUCCGGUCUCUGCGAGACGCCGAAGAGCGACUCCUCGCCGAGGUCUCAUGCAUUCCCCACCUGUACAAGGCCGCUCUCUUUGACUCUUCGCGCUUCGCCUCUUGUCACACCACCCCGCGGCCGUACGCGGAGGGAGACUUGUACUUCUCGCAUCCGGGCGCGUCGGUCUGGACAACGUGCGAGAGCCUUCCGCAGCUCUCGAGUCCCAAGGCUCUCGCCACGGAGAUCGGCCGACGCGGCGCGCUGCAGCGGCCGCCGUUCCUCGUCGUGAAGCAGGACAAGCAAACGGUGUGCAUCGCGGAGGUUCCACUCGAGCCUGGCCAGCUGAUCUUCCGAGAAUUGCCUUACGUGUGUACCCCGCUGACGCUCGAGGGCGGCCAAGUCUUCACGACAUGCUUCCACUGUCUCCGCGAGCGGCCAGUCUCCAACCGUGGGUUCUCCUGUCCUGUCUCACCCCACACAUGUCCCUUCGUCUUCUGCUCCUGGGAGUGCCUGAUGCGCAACGUCCGGGUGCAUUCGCGCGAGUGCGGAUUGCUGCCGAUGAUCAUGGCUGCUGCGCGCGAGGCGGAGCUCAGCAUCACCGGCGUCCUGCACUUUUGUCGCCUGCUCCUGCGGGCGGGGCUGGAGCGCGAGAUCGUCCGACCUGAGAAGGACAUGCUGUACAACGUGCUCGGCGAACUGCAGUCCUUUGAGGAGAGCGUUGAGAUCGGCCAGCCCGAGUUGCGCAGGAAGCUGACGACGCUCGCGCGGCGCCUCGAAAAGGACUUCCCGCCAGGAUUCUAUUGCUAUCUCCAACAUCGCGAACUGAUUCGCCUCAUGCUCCUCGUCAGCCAGUACUCGCCGUUCGUACGAAGCACGUCGCCUUCAGCCGCGGUCCAGCGCCGGGACCCAGAUGCAAGCGUCGGCCUCGUCUUCUCGCGACGCCUCGCAAAUCUACCGCACAGCUGCGUCCCGACCUGUACGUACAACCUGGAUGAAGACGGCUUUGUCGCCGUUCGCGCGCUCUGCCACAUCCCCGUCGGCGGCCGGCUCUGUGUGUCGAUGGUCGAAGACCUCUUCACGCCCUCAGCCGCGCGCAAGGACAUCGAGGCUCCGCCGCGGGUCUUUGGAUGUGGGUGUGUGCGCUGCUCCGACCCCUCCGAGGGCGGCCGCAUGCUCCGCGGCAUCCGAUGUGGUGUGUGCCUCCGCGGCUACUGCGCGCCGUUCUAUUCCCCUGCACUCCAGAAGCGCCUUGUCGCCUACGGCGUCGGCGGAGCGGAAGUCGCACGGAAGAUCGCCCUGCUGGCCUGCGCGGUCGAGAAGCCCAAGGCCGGGCGCCGGCGCCGCUCCACCUCGCCUCUCGCCUCUCGAUUCGAGGACCCGCGCAGAGCCUCGGAGACCGCCGCGGACGAGGCCGAGGAACGCUGGCAGUGCACGUCGUGCGGCAACGCGUCGGAGCUGCUUUCUGUCCAGUGCGACGCAAUUGAACGGGAAGUCACGCAACUCACCAAGAAGGCCGACCGCCGCUUCGUGAAGGGCAAGAGCCUCCCGGCCCGGAAGAUUUACGUGGACAUCAUUCGCCGCUUCAACUCGCGCCUCCACCCCAACAACUUUCUGCUCUACAACGCCCACGUGAUCGCGGCAGGCCUGCUCUUUCGGGACCCCGGACAAGAUGUUCCCCAGGCUCUCCUGUACAUCCGCCGCGCCGUGAUCGCCGCCGAAGCAGUCCUGCCGAUCUGCCACCGUGAAAAAAUCCACCUGUUCACCCAGCUCGCGCAAAUCAGCUUCGCGGCCUCCAUGGCCGACAAGCUUUCCAGACGCGGAGUCGGCCUCCCCGGUGGCUUCGUCCUCGAGCCCAUGUACUCCGCCUACUGGAAUGCAGCGGUCUGCUGCGGACCUAGGAGCGUCCUCGCCCUCACCACGCUCCAGCAACUGCGGAUGUACGCAGCCGCGCUCAACGUUGCAACGCCCCCUGCCGUCGUCUCCUACAAACUUCCGACAGUCGGCGUCAUCUUCAGCUACUUCCGACAUGUCCUGGGCAGACACACAGAGAGCGACAGGACGCUCCGCCGUCUUGUUGAAAAGGACCCUUUCCGUCUGGCGACCACUAUCGCGCGCCUCGGUCUCCACUGUCUGAUGUCCCUCGAGAUUCUCUCGGCCUUCAAUAACGUCCACCACCUUGGGACGGGUCUCUCCGUGAUGGCGAUUGCAGCAUCUCAAUCGCGCUUGACUCUCGUCCGAAAACUCCUUGACGCAGGGUUUGAUUUUCUCCGCGGAAACGAGCUGGGUGUGACGCCGCUGGUCGCGAUGGCAGCGAUGCCUCUGCCUCAAGGCGGUCGGUCGGUGGGCGGCGGCGCCAACGGCUCGGUCGUGGAUGGUCGGUCCAGCGAGCAGAAGGCCGCGGAUCGUCUGGACGGCGCAGGGGUAGGCCUGAGCAGCGACGCCGAGCCAGGCGAGCUCUACUUUCGAUCCGAAGUGGCAGAUCGUGCAGACAGAGACCAGGCUGAGAUUCUCCGGUUGUUCAUGCAGGAGUGUUCACGGCGAGAUGCGCGAGCGAAGGAAGCCAAGACGAAGGAUCAGCUCAUGCUGGCUUGCACGCAUCGAAUUCUAGGUUUGAACGGGCCGCUGCACUUUGCGGCGGCCAGGGGGAAGACCGAGCUGUGUCGCCAGCUGAUUCGCAGUGGAUGGAAUGUGAGCAAAAGUAACGGCGAAGGCGCCGUACCCCUGCACUUGGCCUGCGCGAGUGGCGAUGUGCAGACGGUGAUGGUGUUUCUCAUUCCGCGCGCCACGCGACAUCAGGACGCAGACGCCGGAGACGGGGCUGCGACGCCCGAGAAGAGCGAUUCAUUGGGGGCGUUUGGCGUGGAUAUAAACGUGAAAACCGAGAGAGGCGAGACGCCGCUGAUGCUUGCGGCGUACGCCGUACAGCGGGACAUGGUCAAGUUGCUCCUGGACAAGGGAGCGGACGCGAACGUCGUGGGCGACCGAGAGAAAAUGACGGUCUUGCACGCGCUCGCCGCCGGGGUUUGUCGCACUGUCGAGGUACAAUACGAGCCAUUGGAUCCGCGGCAAGACCUUGCAGCGCAUGUGGUCAUGGGACUCAACCACGCGAGUCUCGCCGCGAACAUCUACAACAGGGGGCCCGGGUACCUUUACGUCACAGACACUGUCGAGGACCGGAUUCCCGUCGUCUCUCAGCUCGCUCCGGAUUUGUUUAUCUUUCCACAGGAGAUCUUGCGGCGCCUGACAGAGGCGAACCACAUAGGAGAGAUUCUGCUGCGACACUGUGACCACCAGCUCUUUGUCCGGAAGACGAAGAAGGGGUACACUCCUGCGGAGCUGCUCUCACACCUUUGGGAGCGGUUCUUCCAGACGAGAAACGAGGUCGUGGAACAGUCCGAGCUCCGCUUGGCGGCCCUCAGCCACCAAGAGCGGCAGGAAAUCGAGACGGGCUGGAAGGUCGCCGGCCAGCUCGCCUACCGACUCAUCGAACUCCUGCGUGCAGGCGGUGCGACAGUGGAGGACGCGCGGAGGCCCGAAGACAUGACGCCUCGACGCACCGACCUUCAAGAGAGACGCCUGAGACAGCUGCACAGAGAUGCGCCUUGGUUGAAGGCGGAGGAAAUGCUCAAAGGAAAAACGCAAGGCCUUUCGCCGGCGACGCCGCAGUCGCGUGGCCACGAGCAAGCAGCAGAAGCGGCAAAAAGCGCAGAUCCCAGAAAGGCUCCCCUGACCGGGCAGACAGCGCCGCCUGCUCCUCCUGAGGCAAAGGCUGAGCCCGCUGGAGCGCAAGAAAAGAAAGCUCCACCGCCUCCACCUUCGGGAGAAAAGAAAGCGCCACCGCCUCCACCUUCGGGAGAAAAGAAAGCUCCACUGCCUCCACCUUCGGGAGAAAAGAAAGCUCCACCGCCUCCACCUUCGGGAGAAAAGAAAGCUCCACCGCCUCCACCUUCGGGAGAGAAGAAAGCUCCACCGCCUCCACCUUCGGGAGAAAAGAAAGCGCCACCGCCUCCACCUUCGGGAGAAAAGAAAGCUCCACCGCCUCCACCUUCGGGAGAAAAGAAAGCUCCACCUUUAGGAAAGAAGAAAGGUCCGCCUUUGCUUGGGAAGAAAGGUUUACCACCUCCAAAGAAGUAGCAAGGAUCAAAGCGGGCAAAGGGGCACUCGCAUUUCAUGGCCCGGUUUUCGACAGUUUUGGUUUCUUCCUUUGUUCUUCCUCAGUGCAUGUGCAGUGCAAGGCCGUGUAUCGUAGGUUCACAACCAGUUGCGUUCGGGUGUGGAGAUGCAGUAUCUUGCUUUUGAGAGAGACGUUGAGGCUGACCUCCGUACGACCGCACACCGAAAGGACAUUUCUUGAGCUGCUGAACGCAGUUAGCUUGGUGUCUGUUUCCUUGCCCAGAAUUCCGCGUUUGCUACAAACGGAAAGCAUCCACUUUGUCUGAUCCGGUGAUGCGUCCAGAGGUGCGAAACACAGCUCAAGACGUAGUGGCUAGAGAAAAGUGAAAUGUGCCAUUGUGGACAUGUGACCGACGUGGGAACAAACAUCGGCUGGCCAAAGCAGUGAUGUGCGAGUUUCGACAACGCAGGAGAGACAAGCAAAUCCCUUAUGUGAGC